UAAUUGUGAGGCGGCAGCAGAGGUCGGGGUUGGCGCUGUUCACCAUGAGCUCCUCGGCGCGGCGGCUGCAGACCAAACCGGUCAUCACCUGCCUCAAGACCUUCCUCAUCGUCUUCAGCUUCUUAUUCUGGAUUACAGGGGUGGUGUUGUUGGCAGUAGGAGUAUGGGGUAAGUUGAGUCUGGAAGAGUACCUGGCUCUUGUAGCUGACAAAAGCACAAAUGCUCCUUAUGUGCUUAUUGGAACUGGUGCAACUAUCAUUGUAUUUGGCCUUUUUGGAUGCUUCGCAACAUGUCGAGGCAGCACGUGGAUGCUGAAAUUGUAUGCUAUGAUCCUGUCACUCCUCUUCCUGGCACAAAUUGUAGCUGGAAUUUCCGGGUUUAUCUUCCGCCAUGAGAUUAGAAGCAUUUUCAAGGUCUCUCUGGAAAAGGCUAUAAACCAAUAUUCUAGGAAUGGAACAGACUUUCCGUUGGAUUACAUGCAAAUUAAUUUGCAUUGCUGUGGUGUACAGAACUACACAGACUGGCUUAGCACUGGCUACUUCAAAGAGAAUGGAAUUCCAUUUAGCUGCUGUAAAAAUCACAGUGACUGCAAGCCUGGAGACCUGAAGAAUGCAACCAUUGUGAAAGACAAAGUUUAUGACACGGGUUGUUUCCAACUGGUGACUAAUUUUAUGGAGACAAAUAUUGGAAUCAUUGCAGGAAUUGCCUUUGGAAUUGCCUUCUUCCAGUUGUUUGGAAUUCUGCUGGCCUGCUGUUUGUCUCGAUACAUCACAAACAACCAGUAUGAAAUGGUUUAGUGGAUACAAUAGGAGACCAGGGUCAACAUCAAACCUCAGUACAGUUAAGGGAACUGAGCCAGCAGAGGGACGUAUUUGCUUUAAGCAAAAACAAUUAUUUUGUAUACUGUUUUAUUUGCAUGCUAUGGUGAUGUACCACAUGAUGACUAUGUAAAUUCCUUAAUUAUUUGACUAUUAGUUAGCAGGACUGCACUGACCAGAAAUAGUACAAUUAUAGCCAUUGGUUUGAUCCAAAAGCUAAGUUAGUAUUGUGCACCUACUAGCUUAAAUUUUGUCUUGCGGUUUUGAAUUUGUAAUCCAUUCUUAAGAUUUAGAGUAUUUUUCAAAUUUAAACUUUGUGUGACCUAAGUUUAUUUUUACAAUUGCUUUUCCCACUGGAAGGAAUGAAUACUACACGGAAAUAUCGAAUGUCUCUAGACGAAUGUGAACUAUUAUAGAAUCUGUUGCCUUUAAGGUUGAAGAGAUUCCACAGUGUAACUUCACUAGUUUUCUACCUUUUGUGUAUCAGUCUAGCCUAUUUUCUCUUAAACUGCCAGCAGGAGCUGGCCAUCUUUCUAGACUGGAGUUUUUAAGCUUGUAUACAGUGAUGCUGUUAACACUAAUAUUGCAGUAAUGAAGCUGCUCACGUCAGUAUUACCAUAAUAGCUAUUAUAAAAUAAACACUUGGCACAAUUU